AUGGCGUGUGCUUUGUAUGCAUGGAAUUGCGAACGAAGAUUAAAAGCAACCCUCAAUAAGAGAACAAUUCCGAUCACGCCAAUUGAAUUAGAGCCUUUAGAGUCUUUAAACCAAGCGACCCCUUAUCUUCAGUCUCACAUGACGGCUGUGGAUUCUACGUCAACGUCAUUACCGGGUUCAAUAUCUGGAGCUGUCUCUGAAAAUAGCAGUAAGGCUAGUAAAAUGCCACGGACAUCAUCCGUUUUCGUCACAGUUAAGACUGUGGAAGAACUGGAAAACGAUUCCGUCUUGAACUACAUUUUGGAACGAGCGCUGCACAUACAAGAAUUUAUCACCAGUUGGACAACAAAAUGUAACAACAAAACAAUAGAUUUGAUUGGUCUUCUCUGGAAGAUAAACUUACCGGCAGCUAACCUUUAUGAACAGGAGUCAAAGUUAAACGUUAUGGAAUUAAAUUUGACCCCACAGCACAAAGAUAACCUGUUAAGAAAUCUC